UUUACGCGCUACAAGAGAUGAAAACAUGGCAGUGAAUGUGAGCCAAGUUGAAGUGCAGAUGCAACAAAAGGAGGAGGGCGAAGAAGAUGACCGUUCGAUAUCUAGAUCCGACAGUGGUAGUGGGGAGGAUUCUCUGGACAGUCUUUUGAGCCAUCGCUGUCCCCUCACACCUUCGCUGUCCCCACGGAAACGUACCACCAGCCAGAGUAAAACCGAACCCCCAUUGCUAAGGACCAACAAAAGGACCAUCUACACCGCAGGGCGCCCCCCUUGGUACAAUGUCACUGGGACCACCUUCAAAGAGGCUUUUGUCAUUGGACUGUGUGGUGGCAGUGCCUCUGGAAAAACCACUGUAGCCAAUAAGAUCAUUGAGGCUCUGGAUGUCCCCUGGGUAGUGCUUCUCUCCAUGGACUCCUUCUACAAGGUUCUGAGCAAAGAACAGCAGGAGCUGGCAGCCAGGAACGAGUACAAUUUUGACCACCCGGACGCCUUCGACUUCGAGCUGCUGGUGACGGUGCUGAGGAAACUGAAGAAGGGAAAGAGCAUCAAAGUGCCCGUGUAUGACUUCACCACCCACAGCCGGCGGAAGGAGUGGAAAACCGUCUACGGGGCCAAUGUCGUUAUAUUUGAAGGGAUUCUGGCGUUUGCCAACAAGGAGCUUUUGAAGCUGCUGGACAUGAAGGUGUUUGUGGACACAGACUCUGACAUCCGUCUGGUGCGGCGCUUGAAGAGGGACAUCACGGAGCGGGGGCGCGACAUCACGGGCGUCAUCAAGCAGUACAACAAGUUUGUGAAGCCAGCAUUCGAGCAGUACAUCGAGCCCACGGUGCAGGUGGCAGACAUCGUGGUCCCCAGAGGUGGAGAGAACUUUGUGGCUCUGGAUCUGAUUGUCCAGCAUGUCCACAGCCAGCUGGAGAAGAGGAAACUCCGCUGGGAUAUAUCGGCCCUGGCCUCUGCCCACCAGGGCCAGCCGCUUCCCGAGACCCUCAGCGUGAUGGAGAGCACCCCACAGGUGCGGGGCAUGCACACCAUCAUCAGGAAUAAGGACACUAAUCGGGAUGAAUUUAUUUUCUACUCUAAGAGGUUAAUGAGACUCCUCAUUGAGCAUGCCCUCUCCUUCCUUCCUCUAAAGUCUGUGUCUGUGGAGACUCCUCAAGGAACCGUUUAUGAAGGGAAGAGGCUCGGUGGCAAAAGGAUAACGGGUGUGUCGAUACUGCGAGCUGGGGAAACCAUGGAGCAGGCCCUCAUGGCUGUGUGUAAGGACAUCCGUCUGGGAAAGAUACUCAUCCAGACCAACCAUGACACCGGGGAGCCAGAGCUCCAUUACCUGCGUUUGCCCAAAGACAUCAGCGAGGACUAUGUGAUCCUGAUGGACAGCACGGUUUCCACAGGUGCUGCAGCCCUAAUGGCAGUAAGAGUCCUGCUGGACCACGAUGUGCAGGAGGACAAGAUCUUCCUGCUGUCUCUGCUCAUGGCGGAGAUGGGCGUGCACUCCGUGGCCUACGCCUUCCCGAAGGUGCGCAUCAUCACCACGGCCGUGGACAAGAAGGUCAACGACGAGUUCCACAUCAUCCCUGGCAUCGGAAAUUUCGGGGACCGCUACUUUGGAACUGAUGCCCCAUCAGACUGGUAUGAGAGUGACGAGGGGAUGGACUACUGAUGUCUACUGAGGGCUGAGGGGGGAGGGAGGCGCAAGCAGCACUUAGCCAUGUCUGAGCCUCAUGCAGCCCAUAGCUGCACAACACCGCCUUCAGCUGACAAACAUACAUCCCCUGAAGCAACCACUGUGCACCCUUACUCCAGGAAGCAGAUCUAUUCAUUUCCGAGGCAGAACCUAGGUUGCCCUCCAAAAAAGGAGUGAAUGCAAAAAUAGCUUUGCAAAAAAAAAACGCUUCCCCCACAAGACUUGUAAAUGUUUGCUGUUUCAUCCAGCUAUUUCUUUAGCAAAAAGGAAAAAGAUAGAUACUUGAUUUAUGAAUCGACAUGUUGACUGUUGCCCUGUAGUGAGGAGUUUUCUUUUUUUCCCUUUGAAAUUAGGGACGGUUUACAUUUAUCUCAACACUGAGAGCUUGGUUGGGCUAUUUCAGACAGCAUAGUCUGUGAUUCUGUAUGGUCAAGAGUGAUGUUUCAACUACAAAUAGAUUUACACUUAGGACGCUAGAGGACUCCCCUCCUUACCCAAGCAGUGGAUUUAUUUGAACAGUAAUGAGAUAGGAGGAAAGAAGUGGCGAUAGUGUGGCCCUGGGGGGCUGGAAUUGUUCAUUCAUGACGUAUUCUUAACACAAGCGGGCCAGAAUGAAGGACUGUGAAGAUCCGGAUGAGGUUAAGCAAUGGCCAUCCGGACAUUGCACCAAUGAACAAGUAUAAGGAAGUACCAUAUAAAGCCUGUUUUUGUGUAGUCUUUGCGCUGCCAGUAUUUUAGUGCUCGCACGUCUGUGGGAUGCCGCAGGACUUUGGAGUCAGCCAUUUGGGCUUUCUUUGAAAGGAGGCUUCCAUUUCAGAGUAGUUACUGCCUCAAAGAAGCGUAUGCUUACAGAGAGGUCAGGGUGACAAUAGCUGCGGCCAGAGGACAAGCGAGAGAGGUGGUUGUAGAAAAUUUCGUGUGAGUGUGAGUGUGAAAUGUUUUUCAACAUAUAUCUGAGGAACCUAACUAUGUAUUAAGUACAACUUGACUGUGGAUCCACCAUUUAGAUCAGUCUUAAAGGAUAAUUAAGAGUUCUGCACAUGGCCUGAUCAUUUGUUUCAUUUGAUAUCUUGUACUAUAGCCUGCUGUGCUGUUGCUUCAGAACUGAGGCUAUUCUCCUUUGAAAAUAUAAAGAAAGGGACUGCCACUUAAACAUUGUGUAUGUUUGGGGGUUUAGAUAACCGACUGUAAAGGGGAGUUGUAAUGGAAGCCGCCUUGCCCAAAGGACAUUACACUUUAUCAGCUGUCUGUGACAUUGUCCCCCCUUUUUGUGUACUGUAGAUGAAGCAAAGACUUUGUUCUAAUUAUUUUACUUUGCAGCCAAUAUUUCUGGGUUACUUGAAUUUUGCUUUUGCUGUAUAAAUUAUUUCUUCAUGUUUAUUUAAUGUUCUUAAGUAAAACUGUGUCCCCUGAUUCACUAAGGUUUAUACGCCACAAUAUGCAAUUUAUGUUUUUAAAAAGCCUCAGAAUUAGUGGAAAGUAACAUUCCUGUCUAAUUUGAUAAUUCUGAAAAUAUGCAUAAAUCAUUAGUAUCCUACUAUCUGGAAUUCACCACUCCCUUGCAUUUGGUGCUUUUUGUUGCUGAAAAACCCUUAGUGAUGAAGGGGUUUGUGUCUAAUCCUGCAUUUUGUCUUAAAAAGACUUGGCAGUUGUGUUAGAAUAUGCUUAGCAAGGUGGUAUUCAAAGGCAUUACAUCAACGAGAGGUGAGCAUACGCUAUCAUGCAGUAUGUAUUUAAAUUUUUUGAGUAUUCAACAAUGGCGCUUUGAGAGUCCUGUUUUAAUUGAUACUUGGCUUGCAAAGUCAAAUCUUAAAUAAGAAUAAAACUGUGCACAGAAGUAAAAUGCCAGAGGUAUGUGAAGACUCAUUGUGGAUAGCCUUAAGACUUGUCCUGUGCUUAGGAUAGAGGCCAUUUGGUAUGUGACUUCAUUUAUGAUUGGCAAAUGAAAUGAAAUCGCUGGGAACAGACCAAAACCUCUUAUGAACUGGAAAUAACAUCUCUGUCAUCAAAGCAAGUGUUGCGUGUGGGACCUGUGGGGUUGCGUUGCACAGUGACUGUAUUAAGAAAGAAAUGGAGAUCCACAGGAAGUGCACUCCUGUGAUCUUUAUGUAAGGCACUUAUAUUUCUAAGUUGUGUCGCUAUGUGUUGGACGAAAAUGUAUCUGGCAUUAGACUAGGGCUUUUUCAGUGCCGUAUUUCUAGUUCGUAUUGCCUUGACUGGACCUGCCAAAAUGUAUUUCAGUGAUUGCUCCCGUUUUGCACAACAAAGUGGGUUACAUAUUUAACACAGUGCCAUAAAUCAUGAUAGUUAUGUGUUGAGCAUGAAAGGCAACUAGGAUUGCCCCAUGGGAAUUUAAAACUCAGGGAAAGGGUUUGGUUAGAGUUUCUACCAAGCUAGCUUGCUACGAGUUUUAAUCUUGUGUCAGGCUCUUAAUUUUGGUCCAAAAAUCAAUCUAAGGUUGAGAUGACUACCUUCAAGUGGGGUUUGUAUGGACGUGCCAAGCAUUUAUAAAUGUCACGCUGGGUUCAUUUACUUUGUGUUUGGCGUGUCCAACAAAUCACACUUCCUGGGCUUAAUUGUGAAACACUUUAUGACUUUCUCCAUAUUUCCAUAUUUUAUUAAGAUAAUGUAUUGGGACCUAAGCUGAUAGUAGUGUAGAAAGGUUUUUUCUUUGACAUAUCUUAAAUUGCCAAGUCAGGUCUCAUGGUCCUCUUUUUUCCUCACAUUGUGAUAACCUGCUCUUGACCAGUAAGGCACCAGGACACAGUAAACCUGAACACUGAACUCUUACCCU